AUGGAGAGCAACGGCGAUAACAAGAGAGUUGUUGUUAAUAUACAACAAUCAUCAUCCUUCAGGCUUCGAAGCCCAAGCUUAAACGCACUUCGUCUCCAACGCACCUUCGACUUAUUCGACAAAAACGGCGACAAUUUCAUCACCGUCGACGAGCUAAGCCAAGCUCUCUCCCGUCUCGGUCUCGACGCUGAUCUCUCGGAACUUUUAUCCACCGUCGAAUCCUACAUCCAGCCUGGUAACACCGGUCUCAGCUUCGACGACUUCUCCUCCCUCCACAAGACCCUCGACGACUCCUUCUUCGGAGGAGCUGGAGACAACGACGAUGCAGCUGACGACGAGUCGGAUCUAAAGGAGGCGUUUAAGGUGUUUGAUGAGAACGGCGACGGGUUUAUUUCGGCGAAAGAGUUGCAGGCGGUUUUGAAGAAGCUUGGUUUGCCUGAAGGAGGGGAGAUGGAGAGAGUAGAGAAGAUGAUUGUUUCCGUUGACCGGAAUAAGGAUGGUCGCGUUGACUUUUUUGAGUUUAAGAACAUGAUGCGCACUGUCGUCAUCAUCCCUUCUUGA